CCCAAGGGUUAACAAGUCUCACACUCCCACCUGCGUUUAUAUUUGUGUGUGUAAAACCACCGUGCUGUGUGUGUCCAAAGCCGUGAUUGAUCAAAGUAUCUCUCGAUUGAUUGAUUGUUGGUGUACUCAUCAGUGCCAAACGCCCAAACUUAGUGUUUCCUGCUGCGCCGAUUGAUAUUACCUUCUCUGUCAACCCAUUGGCACUUUCACAUCCGGGGUGUUGGAUGAUCACUAUGUUCAAUUACAGUCGAACCGUUCUUGUGCGAAGAGCCUUACAGUCAACACGGUGGUCAAACAUGAACACCAUAUCAAAUCCUGUUCGUUUCAAUCACACUAACUCAACUUCAUUAUCAAUAUGGAGGAGAAAGAAGGAGAUGGGAAAAGAAGGUUUGAUUAUUGCCAAAGAGCUCAAGAGACUUGAAUCCAAUCCCGUUCGACUCGACCGUUACAUCAAGUCAAAUGUUUCUCGCCUUCUCAAAUCCGACCUCGUCUCUGUUCUUUUUGAAUUUCAAAGACAAGACCUCGUCUUUCUAUCCAUGAAGUUAUAUGAGGUGGUGCGGAAAGAGAUAUGGUACCGGCCCGAUAUGUUCUUUUACCGAGACAUGCUUAUGAUGCUAGCUAGAAAUAAAAAGGUGGACGAGGUGAAGCGGGUAUGGCAAGAUUUAAAGAACGAAGAGGUGCAUUUUGAUCAGCAUACAUUUGGGGACAUUAUUAGGUCGUUUUUGGAUAGUGGGUUGCCGUCGGAAGCGAUGUUUAUAUACGAUGAAAUGAGACGGGCUCCUGAUCCGCCGUUGUCAUUGCCUUAUCGGGUCAUCAUGAAAGGGCUUCUACCAUAUCCGGAACUUAGGGAAAAGGUGAAACAUGAUUUUUUGGAAGUUUUUCCUGAAAUGAUCAUUUAUGAUCCGCCCCAAGACCUGUUUGAAGACGAUUAUUCAUCUAGCAGCGAAUGCAACAACUAAAUCGAGGUUGUAAGUUGCAGCACCCUUUCGUUGAACAUAUUAUCUCCAUGGAUACCAGGACUGGCUUAAAUUCCUCAACGGUUACCGCCCAAGGGAAAGAUGAAGUCCAAAUACAAGUGGGCUCCCUCUGGCCCGCUCAGUAUUAGCCCAUCAUAGGACUUAAAAGAAGUCCAAACGAGUUGGACCAGUCCAUUGCUACUACUGUCAAUCAUGGAGCCCAUAUUCAAGCCAUAAUGUUCCAGUCAAAACCUUUUGUUGUUGUUACUCCUUGAUUCCUAAUAUAUUGACCUGUUUUAUUUUGAUU